AUGGUUAAUAGAUUCAUCAAUUGUAAGAAAAAUGAUAUCGAUAAUAAGAAUGAUGAAAAUAAAAAAAAUUUGAGCGUAUCUGAUUCUUUAGUUCAAAAACAGCGUAGAUAUUCACCACAUAAAUGUAUCAAAUCGGCAUUAGAAAAUGCAUACCAUAGCAUUAAAAUUAGUGCUCUUAAUCCACCUGAUCCUAAUUUACAAUCUUCAUUAAGAAUCCCUUUACACAUCUAUGAU